GAGGGGCAAUUCGUACACAAGCGCUAGUGAGGUCAAAAAAUAUUCUGAUAAUACCGCAGAAGCAAGUGAAGUUUAUCUGUCGCGUAUUGUUCGCCCUUUUAAGUCAAUACACACUUGUUGACGUCCAAGUACCUAUCGUAUUACUAAAUUGAAGUUAAUAAUGUUCACGUUUGUACUACGAAAAAAUAUUAAAUUAAAAGACAUUAGGAGACAUUACAGUGUUAAAAAAUAUUCAUCUGAACCCGCACCUCCAGUGCAAGCUGAUGUUGUAAUCAUUGGGGCUGGAAAUCUAGGAUGUAACACUCUGUAUCAGUUAUCAAAAAAGGGAAUAAAAGCGGUCCUUUUAGAAAAAGGUAGCAUAAUAUCAGGUCCAUCAUGGCACGCAGGGUUGUUUUGGUCUUUGAAGCAAACUGACCUAGACUGUCAACUGUUAACAGCUUCAAAAAGGAUAAUUACAAGUUUAGAAAAAGAAACGGGAAUUAAUCCCGGAUGGAUUAACAAUGGGGGAUUAAUGAUUGCAAGGGAAGAUGAACGUAUCAAUGAGUAUUUACGAAUUCAGGCGCUGGGACGUUACUUUGGUAUUGAAAGUAAACUAAUCACGCCUGAAGAAGCCGCUAAACUUAAUCCCAUAUUAGACCCAUCCAAAUUUCUCGCAGCCCUAUAUUCAACAGAAGAUGGAUGUGUUGAUCCAAACACCCUGUCUCAAGCGUUACUCACGGGUGCUCAAAAAUAUGGAGGAAAGAUUUACGAGAACUGUCCGGCCACAAGGAUCCUUACAGAAGAUAGACACCCGGGAUACUCAAAAAGGGUAGUAGGCGUCGUUACGCCAAAAGGUACCAUCCGAACCAAUUGCGUGGUAAACGCCGCUGGUCUCUGGAGUAGAGACAUAGUAAAAAUGGUAGCAGAGGAAAUUCCCCUGGUACCUAUCAAACAUACCUACGUGGUGACCGAAGCUGUCCAAGGAAUCGAAGGAACACCCAAUAUACGAGACAUGGACGGAUCUACUUAUUUUAGAAUUCAAGGAAGUUCGAUUUGUAUCGGAGGGUACGAACAAAAUCCUGAAAUUUUAAGAGAAGUUGAAGAAAAUCCCGGACUAUUGCAACCAAACAUUACUGCGGGCGAAAAACAUCUGAAGAAGGCUUCGUAUAUUGCCCCAAGUUUAGAAGAAACUAGCAUUAAAAAGACUGUUUCAAUAGCUGAAAAUUUUACACCCGAUUCAAGGCCCAUCAUGGGGGAAGACGGAAAGCUAACAGGUCUAUUUCACGCAACUGGGUUUAGUUCAAGUGGGAUAAUGCUGGGUUCCGGCUGUGCUGAACAAUUAGCCAUUUGGAUAAAAAAAGGAAGACCAGAUCUUCCAAUGUUUCCUUACGACAUUAGAAGAUAUUCAAACACUGAAAGAACAAAUCGGGCUUGGAUGGUAGAAACAUGUCAUGAAAGCUACGCAAAAAAUUAUGCUAUCAAAUUUCCCUUAGACCAGAAACUAUCAGGAAGAAAUUUAAAGAUCGACGUAUUCCAUGAGAUUCUUGUGGCAAAUGGGGCAGUAAUGGAGCAAGCACAAGGAUGGGAAAGACCAGCGUAUUUCAUUAAAGACUCUACUGCUCCUGUAAGGGGAUAUGACUGGUAUGGACAUUACGACCACAUGGAUAACCCUGACAAGCGGUACGAGAAACAUUUGAAAGGAGAUUAUACUUUUGGAUUUUCGAGGCACCAUAAUAUAAUUAAAGAAGAAGCUCUAACAGCUAGAAACAGUGCUGCCAUUUUUAAUCUUUCUUCCUACAAAAAACUAUUUUUAACUGGACCAGACGCAGAAAGAGCUGCAAACUGGCUGUUUACUGGAGAUACUAGAAGAGAACUCGAGAGGGUCGUAUAUUCGUGUGCCCUUAAUUCCAAGGGUGGAGUUGAGGCUAAUCUGACGAUUACACGGUUACCACAGGGACAAGGGUCACUUGUUGGACCAAUGUUUAAGGGGGUUGGAUAUUACAUCGUUGCUAGUAGCGAAACUGGUUAUCACACGUACAGUCAUAUCCAAAGGGAAAUAGAAAAGAACAACUUUAGAGCUCAUUUGACCGAAGUCACACCGAAAAUAGGAAUUCUUUCCAUUCAGGGCCCCAAAAGUGGAGAAAUUUUACAGUCUAUCACGGAAAAUCCCAUCACUAACGAGACGAUUCCCGUUGGAAUGUCGAUGCUCAUCAAGAUCAAUGGACACGUUUGUAGAGUGAUGAGGGUUAGUACGAUUGGAGAAUUGGGAUUUCAACUUCACAUCCCGUUCGCGUCAUGUAUUCCUAUCUACCAUCAGGUGACCGAAGCGGGCAGAAUAUUUGGAAUCAAAUUCGCAGGAUUUAGGGCGUUAAACUCUUUGACCAUCGAAAAAGGUUAUCAUUUGUGGGGCUACGAUUUGCGAAACGACGACAAUCCAGUUGAGGCUGGUCUUGGAAAGAUUUGCAGAAAGAAUGGAUCAUUUUUGGGAAAAGAUCACGUUGACAGACUUCAAACGGAGGGUGUUAAGAAGAGGUGGGUAUUUAUUACUUUGAACGACAAUACUGUACCACUUUGGGGAAUGGAACCAAUAUGGCGAGAUGACGUAAUCGUGGGUUAUAUACGACGUGGAGAUUACGGAUUUUAUUUCGACUGUAGUAUUGGAGUGGGGUAUAUUUCUCGUCCUGAUGGUGAAAUAGUAGACGAUUUAUUCUUAAGUACUGGACGGUAUGAAGUAGAAGUUAUGAACAAAAGACAUUCAGCUGUGUUAUAUAAGAGCAGCCCAUUCGAUCCCCUAAAUCAGAGAAUUGUGGCAAACUACGAGCAAGAAUUUUAUCUUCUUGACAAAGCGGAAGAAUAAUUUUAUCGAUAUGUAUAAUGUUUUAUAUUGUGUACAUAAGUAUAAUUUAGAUUUUUGUGAAAAAUAAUAAAUAAAUAAAAACAUUUAAAAAAUG